UCGAGAUCCACUAUCACGCGAUACUGCGGCAGGCAAAAGAAGGGCCCCCUUGCUGUUCGGUCCCGAGGCGCGGCAUGUGUCGGAUUUCCUCGCUGGGGUCAUGCCUCGCAUUAUCUAUACGCAUGCAGCAAGGCAAGGGGUUGUGAGCAAGGGAACACUUGCAUGCAUGCUGUUAGAUACAAUUUACCCAAAUAAAUUCGGAUCCAUGAGUCAGCGGGGUUGGUUGGCAGUAGAUGACGAGGCGAGCUAGCCCCCUGCUCUUCUCUCUUUUCUCUAAACUGACAGAAUAAUUCUCCAUUGGGCAUCAGUGCACGCGUUGGCUCCAGUGCAUGUUGGCAGACAUAGGAAACGCUGUCUUCUACAUAUCACGCUCUCCAAGAUGCAGCCAUCACAGCAAACACGCGCGACGGCGUCUGCUGCUGCUGCUGCAAUGGCAGAUCCUGAAUCCAGCGCUGCUAGUGAAAAGGACAUGGCGGUUCUAGCGCCGCCAAGCGCGGGAGACGCCACUGCCAAGCCGCUCGAUGAGGAGAAGAAGAUCGAAGACACUGUCAAGCCAGCCGCUCACGAUGCUGGUCCACCGCCCGAUGGUGGCGCCCAGGCUUGGCUGGCUGUCUUGGGUGGUUUCUGUACCGUAUUUGCGAGUUUCGGAUGGAUCAAUUGCAUUGGCAUUUUCCAGGAUUACUACAAAUCGACACUCUUGCAAGCCUACUCGCCGAGUACUGUGGCCUGGAUCCCUUCCACCGAGUCAUUUAUGCUCUUCUUCUGGGGCCCCUUCGUAGGCAAGCUGACCGACGACCUUGGCCCUCGCCUCCCCAUUCUGAUCGGAUCAUUUCUGCACAUCUUUGGCCUUAUGAUGACGUCGAUAUCCACGGAAUAUUACCAGAUAUUCCUGUCUCAGAGCGUAUGCAGCGCCAUUGGCUGCUCGUUCCUCUUCUACGCACCGAUUGUCGCCUUGGGUAGCUGGUUCAAGAGACACCGCGCGCUGGCCUUUGGCAUUGUCACAGCUGGAUCCAGCAUCGGUGGUGUGGUGCUUCCCAUCAUGGUCAACCAUCUUGUAGUCAGAGUCGGCUUCGGAUGGGCCAUGCGAGCCACUGCGUUUCUCCUGUUUGGCCUGCUCAUCAUCGGCAACUUGACUAUUACUUCGCGCCUCCCGCCUCUUAAGCGCAAGUUUGAUAUCCGCGACUUCAUCAUGCCCUUUGCCGAGCCAGCUUUUCUCCUCCUUACCAUUGGCGGAUUCAUCAUCUAUCUCGGCGGAUUUCUGCCCUUCAAUUUCAUCAUUACACAGGCCAAGGCUGAGGGCAUGUCCACGGAGCUCGCCAGCUACAUGGUCUCUAUUGUGAAUGCCGCAUCCACUUUCGGGCGUAUUCUGCCCGCCCAUUUCGGCGACAGAUAUGGCGUCUUCAACGUCAUGGCCAUCUUCACAUUUCUCAGUGGCCUCUUUACGCUGGCUGUAUGGCUUCCCGCUCGCUCCAACGCAGCACUUAUUGUCUUUGCCGUUCUGUACGGCUUCACCUCGGGCUGCAUGCUCUCCAUUGUACCUGCUAUGGUGGCCUCCAUUACGCCUGAUCUAAGCAAACUUGGAUCCCGCAACGGAUCGCUCUACGCCUUUGCAGCUGUGGGUGUCCUCUUUGGAAACCCAAUUGCAGGCGCCCUUGUCAACAGCCAGCACGGCGAGUAUACUGGCCUGAUAUUGUUUUGCGGUAUUGCUCUGCUCGUAGGUUCCGUGUUUGUUCUUUUGUCCAGACACACUUUGGUUGGCUUUAAGCUGCUCGCCAAGGUAUGAGAGACGAAAGAGUUCUGUAGUUGCUGUUUAUACUCUUCGGUUUCUGGUCGCUGUAAAUGAUGUCGGAAGUUCAAAAGCAAAAAUAAUCGCGUUAGAUAAUUUUGCACCAUGUGCCUAUUCUUGUAACACAAUAAUUAAAGUAUUAUAAUUCGAGUCUAUUUUUAUCGAUCGCUGUGCAUUGUACAUAGGUCGCAACUGGUGCUUCUAUUUGGCGUCUUUGCAGAAGAUAUUUUGACCAGCCUGAAUAGAGUCGUUAGUACAACGCUGCUAAAACACAGCAGGAUAUACGCUUCCGUGACUUACGAUAGCCAAAGCGCAGCAGGAAGCCUUCUUCUCGCUCUUGGCACACUCGGCAAUAAGCUCCUGUGCAGUGGUGGAAGAUCCUAAAUUUGACAUAUAGUAAUUAGUUUCCAUUGCUCGAAAGAUAACCACAAAAAACGCGGCCUGCCUGAAGGGUUCACGCAGUUGGUGGCAGCAAAGCCAGAGCUCUGAGUGCAGCACUGGGGGUUGAUAUAGAGGCCGCUGGACGGGCAUGCGCUGGAGGCAGCGGCGGCAACAGCGACGAGAGAGGAAAUGAUGAAAAAUUGCAUGGUGUCUUUUUUGCUGUUGUUGACGAUGAUGACGAUGAUGGCGAUGAUACUGAGAGUAAAGAGUACAGCA